AGAACGAGUCAUUUCUCUCUUUCUUUUUCUGGCUUCUUCUUCUUCUUUUAUCUUUUUCUUUUUCUCGGCAGCUUUUUCUUCUUCCUCUUCUACUGUUUUCGUUGAACCACAAGCAAUGGAACGGCAAACCCUAGAAGCCACCUUGCCUCUCCACACUGCGCGCUUUGAACCUUAGUUUCCCACUGCACUUCGCCUACAGAAGCUCGGGCGGCGCAACAGCCGUCUUUCGGCGCUGGAUUCGUAAAAGAAUACAUUAAACUUCAAGUUCUUCAACCUCUAACCAUCGGUUUUUUCAUUUGCCUUCAAUUGAAACCCUAACUCGUAAAUCCUUGCAUCCUCGUUCUAAUCUGUCAAUUCUCUCGAGUAUCUUUUGAUUCAGUUGCGUUCGGCAGCAAAAAUGUCGUCUCUGAGCCGGGAAUUGGUGUUUCUGAUUCUUCAAUUUCUCGAGGAGGAGAAAUUCAAGGAGACUGUGCAUAAGCUGGAGCAGGAAUCAGGCUUCUUCUUCAAUAUGAAAUAUUUUGAGGAGAAAGCCCUGGCUGGAGAAUGGGACGAGGUUGAGAAAUACCUUUCUGGGUUUACCAAAGUGGAUGACAAUCGAUACUCCAUGAAAAUAUUCUUUGAGAUUAGGAAGCAGAAGUAUCUCGAGGCUCUCGACAAGCAUGACAAAGCGAGGGCUGUUGAGAUUUUGGUGAAAGAUCUAAAAGUUUUUUCAACAUUUAACGAAGACUUGUACAAAGAAAUUACUCAACUUUUAACCCUUGAUAACUUCAGGGAAAAUGAACAGUUGUCAAAGUACGGUGAUACCAAAUCAGCAAGAAGCAUAAUGCUAUUAGAACUUAAAAAAUUGAUAGAAGCAAAUCCCCUCUUCCGAGAUAAGCUUAUAUUUCCCACCUUGAAGGCAUCGAGGUUGCGAACUCUGAUUAAUCAAAGUUUGAAUUGGCAGCACCAGCUGUGCAAAAACCCAAGACCAAAUCCAGACAUAAAAACUCUAUUCACUGAUCACACUUGUUCACCCCCAAAUGGAGCACGAGCACCUACUCCUGUCACUUUUCCUGUUGCAGCUGUUGCAAAGCCUUCUACUUAUGCUCCACUUGGAGCACAUGGUGGACCAUUUCCUCCAGCCCCACCAACUGCCAAUGCUAAUGCUUUAGCAGGAUGGAUGGUGAAUGCUAAUCCUUCCUCAUCUGUUCAAUCAUCUGUGGUUGCUGCUUCAUCAUUGCCUGUUCCCCCAAAUCAAGUCUCUGUCUUGAAGCAUUCAAGAACACCUUCUAAUGCUCUUGGAAUGAUGGACUAUCAAAACAAUGAUCACGAGCAAAUGAUGAAACGGUUGCGUUCAGCACAAUCUGUUGAUGAGGUUACAUAUCCUGUGCCACCUCAACAAGCCUCUUGGUCGAUUGAUGACUUACCUAGGACUGUUUACUGUACACUACCUCAGGGAUUAACGGUGACUACCAUGGAUUUUCAUCCUUCCCUCCAUUCGCUACUUGCUGUUGGCUGUGGCAAUGGUGAAAUUUCACUGUGGGAAGCAGGGCAACGAGAGAGACUGAUAACAAAGCCAUUCAAGAUAUGGGAUAUGGCUGCUUGCUCUGUCUUAUUUCAGGCUGCAAUUGUGAAGGACUCAGCCAUAUCUGUUAGCCGUGUGUCAUGGAGUCCAGAUGGCAAUUUUCUUGGGAUUGCUUUCACAAAACAUUUGGUUCAUUUAUAUGCCUAUCAAGGACCUAAUGAUCUAAAGCAGCAUUUGGAGAUUGAUGCUCAUAUUGGUAGUGUGCAUGAUUUGGCAUUUUCUUACCCCAACAAACAACUAUGCAUGGUAACUUGUGGAGAUGAUAAGUUGAUAAAGGUGUGGGAUUUGAGUGGCCGGAAGCUCUUUAACCUUGAAGGUCAUGAAGCACCAGUUUAUUCUGUUUGUCCUCACCAGAAGGAAAACAUCCAGUUUAUAUUUUCAACUGCUGUUGAUGGAAAAAUCAAGGCCUGGUUGUAUGACAACAUGGGCUCCAGGGUCGAUUAUGAUGCCCCUGGGCAGUGGUGCACCACAAUGCUUUAUAGUGCUGAUGGAAAUAGAUUGUUUUCUUGUGGGACAAGUAAAGAUGGAGAUUCCUUCCUAGUUGAGUGGAAUGAAAGUGAAGGAGCAAUAAAGAGAGCAUAUUCUGGAUUUAGGAAGAAAUCUGCUGGCAUUGUGCAAUUUGACACAACAAAAAACCGCUUUUUGGCUGCUGGUGAAGAUAACCAGAUAAAGUUUUGGGAUAUGGAUAAUCUCAACGUUCUUACCAGUACAGAUGCUGAGGGUGGUCUUCCUAGUCUUCCUCGGUUGAGGUUCAAUAGAGAAGGAAAUCUGCUUGCUGUUACUACGGCAGAUGGUGGUCUGAAAGUCCUUGCAAAUGCUGAAGGCCUCAAGUACUUAAGAGCCAUUGAAGCUCGGUCUUAUGAAGCAUCUAAACCACUGUUGGAGACUAAGGUAUCUGGUUCUUCUCUGGUCGCAAAUAUCAACCCACUCAUCAAUAAAGUAGAACGUGUGGACAGAAGUUCACCUGCUGGGCCUGCACCAAUGCUUAAUGGAGGAGAUUCUUCAGCUAGAAGCAUAGAGAAGCAAAGAAGUCUGGAUGAUGUGUCUGAUAAGUCCAAGCCUUGGGAACUAACUGAGAUUGUUGAUCCUUCUCAGUGUCGAACAGUUACCAUGCCAGACAGUUCCGAUCCCUCCAACAAAGUUGCUCGUCUUCUUUACACAAAUUCUGGUGUUGGCCUUCUGGCUCUUGGUUCUAAAGGGAUUCAGAAACUGUGGAAAUGGAGUCGUAGUGAACAGAAUCCUAGUGGAAAGGCCACAGCAAGUGUUACUCCCCAGCAUUGGCAACCAAACAGUGGUCUUCUGAUGAUCAAUGAUGUUCCAGACAAUUCUGAAGAAGCAGUUCCCUGCAUAGCACUUUCAAAGAAUGAUUCUUAUGUUAUGUCUGCAUGUGGAGGAAAAAUUUCUCUGUUCAACAUGAUGACUUUUAAGGUAAUGACAACUUUCAUGCCACCUCCUCCUGCCUCAACUUUCCUUGUAUUUCAUCCCCAAGAUAAUAACAUCCUUGCAAUCGGAAUGGAAGAUUCAACUAUUCAUAUAUACAAUGUCAGGGUUGAUGAGGUCAAGUCUAAAUUGAAGGGUCACCAGAAACGUAUUACUGGUUUAGCUUUCUCAACUAACCUCAAUAUCUUGGUUUCAUCUGGUGCUGAUGCUCAGAUUUUCUUUUGGAGCAUUGACUCAUGGGAUAAGAAGAAAUCUUUAUCAAUCCCAAUGCCUACUGGUAAGGCACCUGCUGGUGAUACUCGAGUGCAAUUCCACUCUGAUCAAGUACACUUGCUGGUAUGCCAUGAGACACAGUUAGCAAUAUAUGAUGCUUCAAAAGUUGAAUUAAUUCGACAGUGGGUGCCUCAAGAUUCAAUGCCUGGUUCCAUAGCCUCUGCGACUUAUUCCUGUAAUAGCCAACUAAUUUUUGCUGCUUUCACUGAUGGAAAUAUUGGAGUUUUUGAUGCUGAUAGCUUGAGACCCAGAUGUCGUAUAGCUUCUUCUGCUUAUUUACCGCAGUCAUCGAACAGCCAAAAUGUGUACCCUCAUGUUAUUACAGCACAUCCGCAAGAGCCAAAUCAAUUGGCUGUUGGGCUGACAGAUGGAUUCAUUAAGGUUUUGGAGCCCUCAGAUUCUGAGGGUAGGUGGGGAGUUAGAGCACCUGUUGAUAACGGGACUCUAAAUGGUAGGACAGCUGCAUCACCGUCGGUCACCAACAAUUCCACAUCUGAGCAGCUCCAAAGAUGAUGGUUUGUUUGAAUUAAUUUUUUAUUUAUUCUUGUAUGAUAGUAAAACUGUUAGGUUGACUGUUACUUAAUUGUUGUAUCAGUGUUCGGCGAGCAUAAAGAUGGUUAGGUAAAGAUAACAUAUACGUAAAAUACAUGUAAUAUUUUCUCCAGCAAACAUCACAUUUGAUUAUUGCUUCUAGUAUCUCAGUUCAAGUGGCUACUGGCAUCACGUACUGUGUUGCUUCGACGUU